CGCCUCCUUCUCCUGUUUGCUGUUUCUGCUGGUGGAGCAGCAGCAGCGGCAGCAGAAGCAGUGCGGGGCGGGAGGAGCGAGCCGGCCCUGCCCUGCCCUGCCCUGCCCGGCGCAGCAUGGCCAAGCACCACCGCACACCGGCGCGCAGCCCGGAGCCCGUUAUCGAGGUCAAGAGCAAGUUUGAUGCUGAGUAUCGCCGCUUUGCCAUGAAGCGCUCCACUGCGGGUGGCUUCCAGGAAUUCUACCAGCUGAUCCAGAGAGUCCACCAAAUCCCUUGCGUGGAUGUCUUGCUUGGGUAUACGGAUAUCCAUGGGGACCUGCUGCCCAUCAACAACGAUGACAAUUACCACAAGGCUCUGUCAUCUGCCAAUCCUCUGCUCCGGAUCAUCAUCCAGAAACGUGCGGAAGCCGACACCAGCGUCUUUGCCUCCAACUCGCUGCAGCGGAAGAAGAAGGGGCUUCUUCGCCCUGUGCACCAGCGGGCCAAGCCGCACUUGCUGAUUGGCAUGCCGCAGGACUUCCGCCAGAUCUCCUCCAUCAUCGAUGUGGACAUUCUGCCCGAGACCCACCGGCGGGUGCGGCUGCACAAGCACGGCUCCAACAAGCCCCUUGGCUUCUACAUCCGGGAUGGGGUCAGCGUGCGCGUGGCACCCCACGGGGUUGAGAAGGUGCCUGGCAUCUUCAUCUCCCGCUUGGUCAAGGGGGGCCUGGCGGAAAGCACGGGGCUGCUGGCCGUGAAUGACGAGAUCCUGGAAGUCAACGGCAUCGACGUGGCAGGCAAGUCGCUGGACCAGGUCACGGACAUGAUGGUGGCCAACAGCCACAACCUCAUCAUCACCGUCAAGCCAGCCAACCAGCGCAACAACGUGAUCCGCAGCAGCAAGGCCUCGGGCAGCUCUGGCGUGUCCACGGACAGCACCCCCAGCCAGCAGACACCUAGCCCGGCCUCCCAGUACCUGAGCAACUGCAGCACAGCAGAGGGCGAGAGUGAUGAAGAGGGUGACCUGGUGAUUGAGAGUGAUUUGCCUGCCAGCUGCCCCAAUGGCGGCCUCCUGGAGAGCUUGCAGCACAGCCUGUCCCUCUACAGCUCCCAGGGUUCACUGCCCUCCCUGAACAGUCACAGCGGCAGCGGCAGCCCAAUCCGGGGCAGCCGAGCAGGCAGUCUCCGGGAGGAUGGCACGGUCAUCACGCUAUAGCCCCAGGCAGUGCCCCUCCCUCGUCUUCUGAAUUUCAGCAUUUCCACGGUCAGUUUGGCAGUACCUUCUUCCUGGCCAAUGGAGCUGGAACUGGGGGCCCCGUCUCGAACACAAGACACUGCCCAGACCUGCCACCACAGACUCUCUCUUGCUCAUUGCCUGCAGACCCAGUGGCACUAUCUCCGCAGCUGCUGGAGCAAAGGUGGCAGCUGGGGUUUGGAGCAACUGGGGCCAAGCCACUUUCCUCCCAGUCCUUAGCCACCCAAGAGGUUCUUUCUUGCUCCCCAUUGAACCAAAGCAAUGGGAGUUCUACUACCUUCUCCAUUCCCUCUCUUCAGCCCCUGUCUUCAUUCUGGACAGGUAGAAGGAAAAAGGCAGGGAUGCUCUUGCCUCUCUCACAGUCUCUGGUUCUCCCCUCCACCAACUGUCAGCUCUCAUGAAGUGUUUGUUUUUAGUUAUUUGUUUUUACGAUAACAUGCAUCACAGAUUAAUAUAUUGCAACAAACUAUUAAAACUUUUUUUUAAAAGAAAUGUGCAUUCACAUGAUUUUUAGAAGUGUGCUGGUCAAGCACGAUGAGGAAGCUCUGGUGCCUGUGCUGGGAAAUUGAGCAGGGUGGUCCCAAACAUGCAAGAUGCAUUAUUCUGCUCAAUAGGAUGCUGGAACCCUCUGGGACUGGUAGGGCAGCAAGGGAAAUGUGACUGAGGCAACUUGGCUUUUUGCUGUCUGACUUGAGUAGAUAGAUGUUUAGCUGACUGGCUAGAUCAACUGCUGGAUCAGGAUCUGAAACUGAGUUGCACCUGAAGCAUAGCUGCUAUUAUCUGUUAAGGUUGUUGGUUUUGUUUU